AUGGAAUUAGUAAUAAAGACACCAUAUAUAGAAAUAUUUGAAAAAAUAUUAAAAUUAUUUGCAUCCAUUUCUGAAAAUAUAAAUUUUCGAUUAACAAUAAAUAAACUAGAAUUGAGUGGAACGAAUAAUAUAAGCAACCAUUUAAUAAUAACUAUUGAUAAACAAUUUUUUAAAUUAAGCAAUGUAAAUUAUGAUGGCCAAAUGGUAGUAACUGGGACUGUAAAUUCAAAAGAUUUCUAUAAUUGUAUAUUUAGUAAUCAGAUAGUUAAGGGAUUAAAAAGUCAAGGAAAUUAUGCACACAAUCAGAACAAAAGUAGUAAUAAUAAUAAUGAAGAAAUUUCUAAUAAUUAUAAAAAAAUUCAAAAAAAGAACUCAAGUAAUAAUAAUGAAAUCACAACAAGUUUAAAUGUUUCUAAAUUAAUUUUAAAAUUUAAUAAAGAAAAUACUAGUUUAGAAAUAGGAAUAAAAUUUAAAAGAUAUAACACAUAUUGUAGUGCAGUAAUAAAAAUACGAUCUUACAAUAGCCCAUUAAAAAGUUAUAUGUAUAAAAAUGAAUCUCUUAUACAAAUAGAACCAACACUUUUUCUCCUUAAUCUAAAAGAUUUAUCAAAUGAAAGAAAUAUAUUUUUAAAAAGCACCGAUAACUCAUUUAUUAUAAGUGCAUUAGAAACAUCAGAUUUCAGUUUAAAUAAAGAAAAAGUUAAAAAAGAACAAUUUUUUUAUAAUAAUAAAAAAAUUAGUAUCCCAUUAAAUAAAACAAUAUACUUUUUCAAAAACAAAAAAUUUGAAGAUCAUAGUAUGUCUUUACCACUUAAUGAAUUAAAAAAUAUAAUUAAGUUUUGUUCUGAUUUAAAUUUAUUAUGUUUAUUUUCCACAAAAAAUUUUAAGGAAAAUGUUAUUAUAUAUUUUGGAGAUAUAAUUACAAAUAUCUUAAAAAGAAACAAAAAAAAAAUAUAUAACAUCAAAAAAGAAAUGAACCAAAUAAGUUUACAUGAAAAUACUUAUAAAAAAAAAGACACUUUAUGUGAUGAUCAAAAUUGUUACGAAACUGAAAACUUUGAAGAAUUUUCUUAUGAACAAUUAUCAGAAUAUUCAAACAAUAAUGAAAUAACAUCAUGUAUAUAUUAUAUAUCAGAUAAUAGCAAUUCUAGUGAUGACUAUAAUUCUAGUUUUGAUGAAAUGGAAGAAGACACUACUUUUUCAUCUGAACAUGAAAUAAAAAAUAGCAUUUCCAGACCAAAUAUUAAGACAACAUCUACUUAUAAUAAUUAUAGUAAUAAUUACGAUACAAAUUAUAAUGAUAUAAUAACGGGCUAUAUUCAUUUUAGUUCCUUUUUUAAUAUAUCUUGCAAUUUUAAUGAAAAUAUAUCUUAUAAAAAUUGUUUUUUUCAAACUAAUAAUGUAGAUGUAUAUCCUAAAGAAAAGUUAACUGCACAUAUACCGAAUGAAGAAAAACAAGUCAUAAAUGAUGAUCAUAUAGAAAAAGAAAAAAAAACCCAGAAAGAUAAACAUAUAGACAAUAUAUCGAACGAUUUUAUACACAAAAAAAUCAAUACAUUAAAUCUAAAAAUAAAUAAAAGUAAUGAUAAUACAACAAAUCAGAAUGAAGAAGAAAAUAAAAUUAAUAAACAAAUGGAAUCAAAAAAUAAUAAUAUAAAUGAACUUAAUAUACCUUUUGAGGAUUCUAAAAAAAAGUUUAAAAAAAACAAUUUUUUUUAUAAAGAUAAUUUUAAAACAGAUGAAGAUGAUAUGGAAAAACAUGGAAAAGACAUACCACUAAAUGUAAAUAAAGAAGAAAAUAUAUUUAAGGAAAAAUAUGAAAAAGAAAAUGAUAAUAUUAAACAAAUAAACGAAUCUGAAUAUUUUAAUUAUGAUAAAUUUAUGAGUAAAGACAACAUUUCCGAUGUUUAUAUAAAUAUGGAUUUACAAAUAAAAAAACUUAAUAAAACAUUAAAAAAUAUAAAUAAAUAUAAAAAAAAAAAACCAUUAAUAAGCAAAAAAUCGAACAACGGUAUUUUUUAUUCUAACGACCAUAAUAAUUUUAUAAAACCAUUAAUAAGCAAAAAAUCGAACAACGGUAUUUUUUAUUCUAACGACCAUAAUAAUUUUAUAAAACCAUUAAUAAGCAAAAAAUCGAACAACGGUAUUUUUUAUUCUAACGACCAUAAUAAUUUUAUAAAACCAUUAAUAAACAAAAAAUCGAACAAUGAUAUUUUUUAUUCUAACGACCAUAAUAAUUUUAAAAUGAAAAGGAAGAGAUCAAAUAAUUUUAUUCCAAAUUUAAAAAAUAUACAAAUAAAUAAUAAUAGUUAUGCAAGUAGCAUAUGUAGUAGUGGAACCGAAAAAUAUGUUAGUAAUAAAAAUAGAGCAAUACAAAGUGAUACUUAUUAUUCAUUUAGUGAUGAUAGUUUAGUAGAAAAACCACAAAAUGAAAAUAAUAUUGGUCAUAUAAAUUAUAUAAAAUAUUUUGAUAAUGUAUAUUCCAAAUAUGAUUUAUGUAAUAAUUUCGAAAAAUUGAAAAAUAAUAUAAAUAAUAAUUCUUAUAAAGAAUAUGAUCCUUAUAUAGAUAAUUAUCAUAAAUGUAUAAAUAUUUCACCAUUAAAUUAUAAUAAAAGUUCAAAAUAUAGACGAAUAAAUACUGAUAUUAAUAAUGAAGUAAUAAAAGGUAAUAUUCCAAAUCAUAUAAAUUAUAAAAAUAAUAAUAAACUAUUUUAUAACAAUAAUCUUAUAUAUAAAAAAACAUGCUAA